AUGCAGCCACAGCGUCUUCAUGCCCUUUUGCAAAACCAUGGUGUCCCUGAGAUGAAGGUUGCUCAAAGAGUGAAGAUGAUUAGUGAGAAGAUUUCCCAGGACAAAAUCCGACUUGCCCUGGAUCAAUCUGAUGAGCAGCAGCAGUGGAGGUACCUCAAGCAAGAAGCCAACGCAGUGAAUCUUCGUCUUCUGGACCGAGAUGAAUCUGAAGCAUAUCACAAGCGGAAGUUUGUUAAUGCCCUGACCAAUAGCGAUGUUGAUCACUUGCAGAUUGAUGACCCGUGGAGUUCAAAGCCUGCCAAGGUUUCCCCAUCUUCCAGUAAGCGUAGUCCUCCCCCUCUAAUUGAAGCCCGAUUGCGUCCUGAAGAUUGGUUGGAUGAGUCAGGUGCUCCUGUUGCUGUCUUGGCAUCUGCAGACGUCAAGUCGACUGCGUCUGGUGUUGCUGCCGUGGAUUUGGAUACUGCUACGCGUUUGUUGGCUCAUUCCACUAAGGUGGAUUUGCCAAAACCUGAGGGUGUCGAAGUUGUGGUGCAGGCCCACAAAGCCCACAUGGACUUGCAAGUGUGGGAUUCGUUGUGGUCGUCACCCUUGCGCACAAUCCAUGGGAAGCUGUUGGAAGGACUGUUUGACAAGCAUAGGAUCACUUGUUCUGAGCAUGGCAUCUUUUUUCGUUUGAAGCAUGAGCAGUGCGAAGAGAAAAUUGCUUGGCUGACCAAUGACAUGACCUUGCAUGAUGCACUGGCAUUUCAGUCACGCAUGUCUGAGAAAGUUCUUGGAAUUGUCGCUGGUAAGCACUCACUUGGUUUGGCAUGUCGCUUGCAGCACUUGCAGGGCUUACAACAAGAAGUCAAUCCCAACUUUGUCCUCAGGGAUGGCUGGGAUGUUCAGACCAAGGAGGUCUAUGAGUUGUUUGGCUUGCCGCGUGAUUGUACUGUUGCCACUUUGCAGCAUGCCUUGGCGACUUGGGGUUGGAAAGUGGUUGUGUUGUCGCUUGGUCGUUCGAAACGUGAACGUGUUGCUCGGGUUGGUGCGGAAGUUGAACCUGCGUCAAAUACUUUGGAAGUGAAUGGUUGCCUUGUCACUAUCACUCCACGCAAUUCCGAGCAGCAACCUCGCUCCAAACCCUCGGCUCCUGUUGUGCCAGUUGGUCCUGUUGUAGGUGAAUUGUGUGAAGAUGCAGUCAUGGAAUCUGUGCAUCCGGUGCAGCUCCACUUGCAAAACUUGCAACGCGAAAUGGAGGAACGCAUGGACACGAAGUUGCAGACUUUUCGCUUGGACUUGGACAAUUGUGGCCAUCGUUUGAUUCAGGUUGAGCAAGCUGUGAGUGCCCAGAACUCAAAGAUUGAACAUUUGGAUGCUUCCUCGCGUGAACAGUCGGCCUCUAUCCUCAACGUGUUGCAAGGCAUGCAGGCUGCGCAGAACAAGACCGAUCAACAACAGUGUGAAAUCAUGGACAUGUUGCAGCGCAUGGCUCCGACGGAUCGCCCGUCGAAAGCCCUCCCUAUUCCUGUGGCCUACAAUGGGGUCAACCAUUUUGAUGGACUUGUUAGGCCACCUUUGGCGGCGGAAACCCGUGUCAAUUUGGCAGCACAACGCCGUCUGUCCAAAGACUUAGUCGAUGUUGGGUGGAAUGCAGUUUGGGGUCACCCCACCUGUGGCCAAACGGUGCGUCGCGAUGGGACUACCCACGCCACAACCCAUCAAGGUGGUGUGGCCAUUCUCUAUCGCAAUCAUUUGUGUGCUAAAUCCCUUUGUCCUGAUCAUGGUGAUGUGUUGACAUUGUACAAGCAGGGCCGCUUUGUUCAUGCAGUGUUUCCCCUUGCGCGUGGCAACAAGGUUCUACAUUGUAUUUGUGCCUAUGGUUUUUCUGGUGCCAGUUCAUCGAGUCGCAUCUCAACACACUUUGUUCGCAACGAAGAUGCCUUGAGUUCAAUCCUUGCUUAUGCAAAAAGCUUUGGUAAUGUUCCUCUGGUUGUUGGGCUUGACUUUAAUGAUCGGAUUGAGAAUAGCACUGUUCUGGGUCAGGCGUUGCAAUCCUUUUCUUGGUUUGACGCGGUGGCUGCAGGUGAUGUGAAUGCCAAGGACAAUACCUACUCCGCAAGGGGUUGGUCGAGUGACAUUGUUGGUACUUCGUGCAUUGACUUCAUCCUUCUAAAUAGCUUAGCAAGAUCCGUCCUGUUGCAUGCGAGGACUUGCUCUGACCUUUUUGUUGGCCAGCAUCGGGCACUUGCUGCUACUUUGGAUUUGGAGGGUUUCCGUGUGGUGGAGGUUCAAUUGGUUCGUCCUGUCCCUUUCGAAUUGCCUGUCUUGUCAAAGGUUCCAGAUGAUCGCCAGAAACAGCUUGCGGCUGAGGGUGCUCUUGCUGUUUCACUCUUGGAUGAGAUAUCUGUACCCGUUACUUGGACUUCCCUUAACGAGGCUGCUUCUUCUUUCUUGGCUAAGUGUGCUGGUAUUAAGGGUUGUUCUCCUGUGCAGUUCAAAGGGCGCGCUCCUCGAUUUGCCCGCCGCCCUCGUUUGCCUCCUAUGUCGGAGGGGGCUGCUGUUCCCCGAGCCUUGGUGCGUGCUGCUUCUUUCCUUCGGUUUGCCAAAUCUCAAGGUGAUGCUUCGAUUCCUGCCGUUCUUCCUCGCAAUCGCUUGGGAGCGUGGUGUUUGCUUGGUCUCGGCCCUUGGCAAGCUUUUGUGUCCAGCUUAUCUUCCAUGCGUUGGUCGUGCGUUGUCCCGUUGGUGCAAAAAGCCCUUGAUGACAAGCUUCGUGCGCUGCGCUCCAAGCGUCAAGCUGAUUGGAAAUCCUGGCUCCGUGCGUCACAACGCCAUGUUACGCGUUGGCUCCGACAUGAGGGUGGUGCGGAUGCAAACGCUGUGAUUCCUGACGGAGCUUCUUGGACUGCAAACCCGGAUCAUGUUCAUGCUCGGCUUUUGGAUGAGUGGCGACCCUUUCUGUGUGGUCCUUGUUCUUGUUUUAGAGCAUUUGCUGAGGAGUAUUCCGAGGAACUUGCCGCUGCUCGACUUCCUGUCGAAUUGCCCCCAGUGACAGUGGCGGAGUUUCGACUGCAGUUAACGGAUCGUCAGCCGAGUAUCCGUGGAGGUACAGAUGGAUGGACUUUGUUGGAAAUGAGACGCUUGCCUGAUGUCUUCCUCCAGCAGUUUUUGGAUUUACUUCAUGCUUUUGAGAGCUCGGUUGCGCAAGUUUGGCCGAUGGGAUUGGUUGCGGUUUCAACGGUGUUGCUCCCCAAACCUGAUGGAGGGCACCGACCAAUCAGUUUGUCUAGUCUUUGGUUGUCUUGUUUUUAUAGUGCCCGCUUUGCCCAGCUUACCCAAUGGCAGAGCCGUGUGUUUCCAAUUCAACUUGUUGGAGGCAUCCAUGCACGAAGUGCUGCACAUGCGGAAGUGCCACAAGCGUUGUGGCUCGACUUGUGUGAGCGUGAUCGUAUUCCUGUCAUUGGCAUCACACAUGAUCGACGUAAGCCCGCCGUGCUGCUCGUGCACUGCUCCCUCCAGAUGGACAACAGGCCCUUGCCAACGCCAGAUGUGAGCGCCAAUACCCAAUCCUGCGGCGGAUUGGCCAACUUCCUUUUGGCAAGGUGCAGUGUGCUCAACGCAUGUUUUUCCAAUUUGCAAAAACUUCGGGAACCACACCUCCUAAUGUCUGUUUGCUUCCAGCAGCAUCGACUUGAUCCGGCUUCAGCCUGUGUCUACCAAGCCUUGGUAGAUCUUCGGCGUGCAGUCUUCCAGUGUCCUCUGCUCCGUGAUUCUUGGGAGGCAUUCUGCAAUCCGCCUUCCGGUGCUCGGCUUGGUCCCUUGGUGAUCCUGCGCAAUCUUUGUACCUUUCUUGGUUGGUCUCCUUCCCCGGAAGUGCCGUGGACUUGGAAUCGCUCGUUUGAUGUUCCCAUAUCCCUCUAUCAACACCGUGCGUCAUUUCUGCAUGAGGUUCGCAGAUCUCUUCGUUUCGCUGUUGUGCAAGGUGUCCAUCGUCGCAAGGACACCCAUGGCUUGCAAAACCUGCACUUGGACUUUCAUGCUUGUACCAGGUUGCUCCGAGCAUCCCAGCUGACUCGGGGUCGUUUGCUUGCGGAAUUUCCUGACUUUGUUUCGUCUGCUUCGUGGCUUGAUACCCUUACUGGACAGUUGAGGCAAGUCUUUUGUGGCAGUACUCGUACAGCUGAUCGUUUGUGUGCGGCAGGCUUGUGGGAUUCGGAUGUGUGCUCUGGGUGUCGGCAGACUCGAGAAGAACCAGUCCACAUGUUCCAGUGCGACAGUUGGUCGCCCAGUCCAGAAUUGCGUGCGCAGCUUCCUGUGCAGACGGAAGAUGACCGGUUUGCCGUUUCUGCUUUUACCUGCCUUGGACUUUUGACCGAGCCUUCUUGGUGCCAUGCUCGACGAGCUUUCUUGGUGCAAACAUUGUCUGUUAUUGAUUGUCCUGUGUUGGAGCAUUUCCCUGAUGUGGUCUACCUUGACGGUAGCACGCUUGACCCGUCUUUGCCUGACGAUCCGACCGUGCAGAGGUGUUCGCAAUUGUGCGUGCGGUUGAGUGUCUUCUCCAUCUUGGGAUCAACUGUUUUGAAAUGCAAACUCGCAGUGUGCGAUUGGUCGGUGACUGCCAGUGGGUUGUGCAACGUGCCCAGCUUCAUGUCGGUAACCAGUAACUCCCGAGCACAUGAGGCUGCCAAGCAGACUGCUAGACAGGUCUCUUUGUUGUUUGGCCAUGGCGAUAUCAUUGCUGCUGCCAAAUCGUGUUUGCUGAGAAAGUACCACCGCAUCCUGCGACUUGCUGCCUGGUUUCGAGUUCCUAAUGGUAGCAGCUUCUGUUUUGCCUCACUACGACCAAUCCCUUGCUUUGGUUGGCGUUUGUGGCUCAUGAGCUUUGUGCGGCCCUGGCUUUGCCGCCUUUUCGCUUUGAUGGACUUCAUAG